GCUAGCCUGUUAGUGCUGAUAGCUCUUCUCAUUAUUCUCCAAGUGAUCUCCAAAUUACUAGCAAACAUUUCUUUAAACAAGUUUUUUUUUGUCAAGUGUCCAAUGGUUCCCCUAAGCACUCAAAGAGCCUCAUCAUCAGUACCACCGUCUUCUUCCACUUCUCCAAGACCUCGAUGGAUAUAUGAUGUUUUCCUCAAUUUCCAUGGUGAAGACACUCGCAAGAGUUUUACAGACCAUUUAUACACUGCUUUAGAAAAGAAAGGCAUUAUCGCUUUUAAAGACGACGAGAAACUUGAGCGAGGAAAAUAUAUUUCUCAAGAGCUCUUGAAAGCAAUACGUGAAUCCAUGUACGCAAUCCCCAUUAUCUCAAAAAACUAUGCUUCCUCAAGAUGGUGCUUGACUGAACUUGCCCAGAUUAUCGAAUGCAUUAAAGAGACGGGUUUGAUAGUUUUGCCUGUUUUCUACCAUGUUGAUCCCUCUGAGGUACGAAACCAAACUGGGGCUUUUGCAGAAGCUUUUGCUAGGCAUGAAGAAGACCCUAAUACUGAUAUGGAGAAGAUACAAAAGUGGAGAGUUGCUUUGAAAGAAGUGGGCAACAUAUCCGGAUGGCAUUUUCAUCUUAGGUAUGAAUCAACAAUUGUCCAAGAAAUCAUUAAAAGGAUACUUCAAGGAUUAAGUUGUAACUUUUCAACUCUUUCCAAGGACCUUGUUGGAAUAGAAUCCCGUAUGGAGGAAAUGAUGAACAUACUUGGUAUUGGAUUGGAUGAUGUUCGCUUUAUAGGAAUUCAUGGUAUGGGUGGAGUGGGUAAGACAACUUUGGCAGAAGUCAUUUAUGAUAGAAUAUCUUACCAAUUUGAAGCUAGCAGCUUUAUUGCCUGUAUUAGAGAAGAAACUAGAAAUCGUGGUUUAGUUUCUUUACAAAAACAACUUCUUUCUAAGAUCUUCAUGGAAAGGACAAUAAAUAUAUGGGACGAUCGUGAGGGAAUGAGUAUGAUACGGAAUAGACUAUGUUAUAAAAAAGUAUUUUUAGUCCUUGACGAUGUGGACAGAGAAGAACAUCUAACAGCAUUAGCAGGGAGCCAUGAUUGGUUUGGUCCAGGGAGUAGAAUCAUUUUAACAAGCAGAGAUAACCAUCUAUUGAAAAGACAUGGAGUGAAUGAUAUCUAUAAGGUUAGUGAGUUGAAUAAUGAUGAAGCAUUGCAGCUCUUUAGUUUGGCAGCUUUCAAGAAACCCCAUCCUGAAGAAAAUUAUGUGGAAUUAUCCAAAGGCUUUGUGAAAUAUGCUCAAGGCCUUCCUUUAGCUCUCAAAGUUUUAGGAUCCUCCUUGUUUGGUAGAGGAACAAAUGCAUGGAAAGGUGCUUGGGAUCAACUGAAAGCAUAUCCUAAUAAAGGAAUUUUAGAUAUACUUCAAGUAGGUUUUGAUGGAUUGGAAGAUUUGCAAAAGAAACUGUUUUUAGAUAUUGCUUGUUUUUUCAAAGGAGAGGUCAUAGAUAACAUUUUAAUGGAUAUAUUAGAAAGUUUUGGUUACUACCCAUACCUCAAUAUUGACAUUCUAAUGGAGAGAAGUCUUAUAACCAUCUCUUCUAAAAGGUUGAGGAUGCAUGAUUUGCUACAAAAAAUGGGUCAAGAAAUAAUUUAUGAUGAAUCCCCAGAAGAGCCUGGUCGGCGUAGUAGAUUGUGGCAUUAUAAGGAUGUCCUUCACGUGUUGAAGAAUAAUACUGGAACUGACGUGAUUGAAGGCAUAGUGUUAAACUUACCUAAUCAAAAUGAGGAACGAUUCAGUGUUAGAGCCUUCUCAAAGAUGAAGAAAUUGAGAAUUCUUAAAAUUCGCAACACAAGUUUUGUCAACAUGAGUUUUUCUAAUUUAUGUGAUAAGUUAUUGAAUCUGCAUAGGCACAGCGACCCCUUACAUUUCAUGCCAACACAUGGGUUACGAGUGCUAGAAUGGUCUGAAUAUCCUUCAAAAUCCUUGUCAAACAGCUUUCAAGCAGACAAUCUUAUUGAACUUAGAUUUCAAUGCAGUUACAUCAAGCAACUAUGGAAGGGAAUUAGUAGUUUUAGGAGUUUGAAACGCUUUGAUCUUAGCGGCUCUCGAAACUUGUUGGAGACACCAAACUUCACAGGAGUCCCAAUUCUUGAGACACUAGACCUUGAAGGUUGUACAAGUUUAUCUAAGCUCCACAAAUCUAUUGGUGUUCUCAAACGGCUUAGACGAUUGAAUCUACAUGCUUGCAAACGCCUUAAAAGGUUUCCAAAUGAGAUCAGCUUGGAGUCUCUUGAAUAUUUUUAUCUUUCUGAUUGUUCAAGAUUUGAGAAGUUCCCAGACAUUGUGGGAAGCAUGACUUCAUUGCGGUUACUUUACUUGGACGGUACUGCCAUAAAGGAACUACCCCCAUCAUUUAAGACUUUAUGCGGCCUUUCCAUAUUGUCUUUACAUAACUGCAAAAAGCUCUCAAUUUUUCCGAGCGUUAUUUAUAGUUUGUCAUCUCUAAAAAUUCUGGAUGUAUCUGAUUGCCUAGCACUUGGUGGAAUUCAAGACAUGAAUGGUGAGGGGUAUUUGGAACAAUUGUAUAAAGGUGGAACUGCUAUCAAAUUCACAAAUUUUUUUGCAGUGCCAGAAUUUAGCUCAAAUGAUGCUUGCUCUAUGCAAGAAAUGUUUAUGACCAAUGAUGACUCUAUUGGGGCCUUCUAUAUUGGUUUUGAUGAUAGAGUCUACUACAUUAGAAGCUUGAAUCAUGAAGAAAGUAAUUUGCAGACAAAUGGCUAUGACGUUGACACUAAUAGUUUUAAUCCCAAGGUAAUGUGUGGGCCUUCCUUGGGAGCUGAAAUGCCAGAGCUCAACAUGAGAAGUUUUGGUUCCCAUGUGACACUUCCAAUCCAUCCAAACUUAGAUAAUAAUAGUAACUGGGACGGAUAUGCUCAUCUUACUAUUUAUGAAGUUGAUGAUGAGGUAGAGAAUUCAGAUCCAAGGAUUUUUAUGGGCAGUCAUCCUGAUGAAGACCAAUUUGUUGAGUUUGUUUAUCAUUUUGAGACUAAUGAAGGUCCUCUAAAAGAACCCUUAGUCCUACGUGCCCCCAAAGACCCUUCUGUAGGGCCAAUUGGGUUUGGGGUGUAUCUACCAGCCAAGUGGUUUUUGGAGCAGUCAAAUAAUUUGGAAGGAUGGAGCUACAUUGGAGCAUCAGUUAAAACAAGCAGCUCGAACGUGAAGGUGAAAGAGUGCAGGGCACUCCAUGUAUCUCAACAUCCUUAUUCUGAAUUCUAUAUUAAUACCGAUAUUCCCAAAAAAAAAAAAAAUAGAAAUUAGGCAUCACCUUUGUUGUUUGGAAAUGGGUAGUCAUAAUGUUGUACCUAUUCGUUUCUAAGGCAUAGCAAGGAAUUAAAAUAUGUGAGGUGGAUCAGUACUCCAGGCCAAGUUGUUUAAAUGGAUACAAUUCAUGUAUAUAUUGAGCCAUCAUCAAUUCUU